AUGGAUACCAACGGACAAGUCACCGAUGCUCCCCCGGCUGAGAAGCCCACCGGUGAGCAGGAUGUCGACGAGGUCACCGAGAUGUUCAAGGGUCUCUCAAAGAAGAAGAAGUCCUCCAAGAAAUCCAAGACCGCCGAAGCUGGCGAUGACGAAGAAGCCCCCGCUGCCGACGGCGAAUUCGACCCUUCCGCCCUGAAGAAGAAGAAGAAGAAGUCGUCCAGCAAGUCCAAGGCCCCCAAGGACUUUGACGCCCAACUCGCUGAGGCCGGUGUGGACGACGAGGAGGCCGCCGAAGAGACCCCCGAGGAGGUCCCCGAGGGUGACCCUGAGGCUGGUACUGGUAUCUGGCAGCACGACGCCACACAGACCAUCCCCUACGCCCUUCUCGCUUCCCGCUUCUUCUCCCUCAUCCAGAGCCACCACCCCGACAUGCUUUCCGGCGGCUCUAAGUCUUACAAGAUUCCCCCUCCCCAGUGCUUGCGUGAAGGAAACCGCCGAACCAUUUGGGCCAACAUGAGCGAAAUCUGCCAGCGCAUGAAGCGUUCAGACGACCACGUCAUGCAGUUCCUCUUCGCCGAACUCGGUACCAGUGGCAGUGUCGAUGGUAGCCGCCGUCUCGUCAUUAAAGGUCGUUUCCAACAGAAGGGUAUUGAAAGCGUUCUGCGCAAGUACAUCGUCGAGUACGUCACUUGCAAGACCUGUCGCAGUCCCGACACCGAGCUCAGCAAGGGAGAGAACCGUCUUUACUUCCUUACCUGCAACGCCUGUGGUUCCCGUCGCUCCGUCGCCGCCAUCAAGGCUGGUUUCCGUUCCCAGAUCGGCCGCAGAAAGCGUGUGGGUUAA